AGAGAAAAGAAAUGAUAUAUAUAUAUAUUGAUAUAUACUUCGUUUCAAGGUUGAAUCCACGCAAAGACGCGCACGCACACACCUCAGGGGAUAAGAGUUUGAUACUUGCGGAUAAAUAGAGAAUGAAAAAACUGUGUUUUUGUUGUGGGUAGCGGAUGCAGGUGUGUGCGAGGAAGGAAAAAGACGGCUGUGCUGCUCGCGUUGCAGGACACAACGGAGAUGAACGAGAAGGAGGUGAAGCAGCAAAUGCAAUAGGAAUGCCACGGCUUUGCUUUCUUUUGUUUUAUUGUUGUUACUGCCGUUGCUUUCGGAGAGGCGGUGAAUGGACAUUUCCCGGGUCCUUUAACGCCGCUAAGGUUUUUGUUUUGCAUACCCGCCUUUUCUUCUUUUAGCCUGGAAAAAAAAAUAGUUUUGUUGGCACGAGCAGUGACGAUACGCACAUGUUCACACGUGUGUGUGUGUGUCUGUGCAGCCGUUGCCCCUUCCUUGCUUCUCUCUCCCAUUUACCGCGAAAACAACAAGCGCAACAAUGUCGGAAAUAAACCUUAUCCAAAAUCAAAAAUGUAAUUACUUAAGAUGAAAAAGCAAACGAACAAACAGACAAAUAACCGAGCAAAGAAAAGUGUCUGUGAAAAACACACACACACAAAAGGAAAAGCAAAAAGAGCGUCCUCCCACAUAACACCGCCUCACGCGGAGGGGACUGUGUGAGAAUAGGAAAAGGAGAGACGUGCAUCCUCAUCAUAGACGGUCGAACCCGUUGAUGUGCGUUAACGCCCUUGUUUCUCUUUUUUUCCUUGAUGUUUCUCUCACUUGGCCUUAUCAAUCGAAAAGGAAACGGGAUGUGUCGGGUAUUGGACAGAUUUUUGUUUUUCGCUUUUUUUUUUUUUGCGUCUCUCUUAUAUAACUAUAUUAUUGUUUAUGUUCUCUUUCGUAUUUUAUCACGUGUUUGUUUUUUUCUCAUCUCUAUUUGGUGCAACUCCAACAGCCGUAAAUAUGGGAGGGCUGUCAGGAAUUCAAAAGGAAACGAGAGAAUCGAAAAAAAGAAAAGAAAGCAGUCGUCGGUAAACGUGAGCCACUAAAAAAAAAAGGGUGGGAAGGAACCGAUGCGGCGGUGCGUGGCAGCGUGAGGGGGGAGGGAAGGAAGUCAUGAAGCCGCCAAGACUGCGAAGGAUGACGGCUGCUCAAAAAUGAUCCGAGAGCCCCACACUCGACUUCUACUUUUCUCUUGUUUGACGACGACAAGUUGCGGAGCUCCUGCAGGCGAAACGGUGCUCGUUUGUACAGAGUUGACCGUGCCCGAUACGCAUCGUCUUAAACGGCAGCCUCUGGAUACGCCUGAUCUUCUUUUCAAAAAGGGAAAGAGAAAUUGAGGCUACCAUAGCAUCUUGAUUUCCGGCCUUAUUCUGCUGUAUGUAAGGCUUGGUUUCUCCAGCUGCACUCUGUGGUGCUGCGGCAGCGCUUGAAUCGUACCACCGGAGAAGAGGAAAAUAAAACGGCUGUGCUCGAUGCUUUCUUCGUGGCGUUGAUGCGCCGGUUCUGGUGUCACCAUCUCUUCUCUGCCCUCAUUACCGUCUUAUCGUUCUCGUUGCGCAUCAACGCAAUACAUGCGCGCGUUUCACUCUGCGUAUCCUCCCUCCCAUCUCCAGCACGCAACAUCGAAAAUGGUGCACUCUGCCGAUCUCCAGUGGAUGCUGGUCCGCCAGAACAGCCGCUUCCUGCAGAAGCGCGGCGGCAUCCGCCUGAGCAACGACCCGUUCAACAACAACGGCAACUGGACGAAGCGCCAGUCGGGGUUCGUGAACGACAAGGCCGCUGUGGUGAAGCCGGCGAAGGGCGGCGCGAUCUGCGUGACGGUGAAGGACGGCAGCAGCAACAACAAGCCGAAGCAGAUGUUCAAGAAGUCUGUGCAGGCUGCCGGCGUGAAGGCGUCUGCCGUGAGCAAGGCCGUUGCCGCCGUGCGUCCGGACCUGGCGAACGUUGCGUUCCGCCGCGCGCGCCGCGUUGCCCGCAUCGCGAGCCGCACGUCGAAGGUUGCCGCCGCGCGCAAGGCCCGCUCCGAGAAGAUCAAGUUCUCGCGCAAGGCCGUCCGCCCGAAGCACUGA